CUAGCAGCUAUCUGCAGCAGUGAAAUAUUCCCUCCGCUGCGCUCAUUGUGCAUCGGAGAGCCGGACGUCAUCGGCUAGCCAAUCAGUGGCCCCCGCUAGGCAGCCUCGGGUCUCAGUGGGGGGAGAAGGAACCCGCUAGAAGUCUUCUCUCUAAUAUCUGGCUCUCCUGGUUACUUGGUCUGGUCCCUCUUUAGAAGACGAACAAUGUUCUGAAUGAGAAACAAGCAUGGAAAUCAAUUGGCAAAUCUUUAUUUCAGAUUAAACUUAGGAAACACUCUCUUUUUCAGAUGGAAAUCAGGAAGGGCAGUGACUUUGACUCAGAGUUCUGGAGCAGACUGUUUCAUGGGGCUCUGACUACGGAAAAAGAAGGCAGGAAAAUGACCUAAAUAGUAACCAACGUGACGGACAACCUGGUGCAGAUGUGUUUGUGGUAAUUUUCCCAGUUUCAACCACAAGGAAGACACAUGCAUCAGCGCUCAUACACGUACACCAUAUCUACAGAUUCUGCCCUUCCCUUCCUGCCAUUCGCCCCAGUCCUCCAUGGAUUCCUACAACUUCCACUUUGAGAGAAUGAGCAACGUAGAUCUGCAUCCUCUGAGCAUGCCUGUCAGCCGGCUUUCCCCAGCCAAGUCCAACAGUAGCAUCGUCGACCAACUUGCACACCACCAACACGGCAAAGGAGACUCUGCCUAUAGCUCCUUCUCUGGUGGUUCCACUGCCCCAGACUAUCCAUCUCCCUUUCUUCCAGAGGACCUUCAGCCAAACUCCUUCAGCCACUAUGCUGAUCUUAAGUAUGUAAAGUCCAUUUACCAUCCGACCCAGGUUCUGCAGUCUGACUCAAAGACCAUGGACCAGCUCUAUCACUCAGUUGAAUCUAUCACCCAGGAAUACCGCAACAAAACUAACACUAAUGUAAACCACCUUAACCACAAUGGCAGUAACAGUGUCCAUACCAACAACAAAGCACUCUCAAAAAGAGAGAUGCAUUUGGGGAAUCCAGCCCAAAGUGCUGUCCCUCCUGUCCGUCCUCCUCCAGUUCCAGCACGCCUGGAUAGUUUUAUAGCUACUAAAAACUUUGAAAACAUCCAUCAUAAUAAUGCUGAAUUUCAGCUCCAGCAGCCUUAUCAGAAGGCCAGACCCCAAGUUCGGCAGCACCAUGAUCUAAAUGCCACAAAACCUGAGACAGUUAAUGCUGAUACGAGCAACUCGGACUUCACUUCUGACCCAGUAUACCCAGUUUGGAGAGGCUCUCAACAGCAGCAGCCACAGGCGCAGGUGCCACCAAGCUACCGACCCCACCUCCAGCCUAAUGAUCAGACCAGGCUGCCACUGAACCCAGAAUACCUAUCCAUCAAAGAGAACAAAGCUGCCUCUGAACAGCAGAAGUCAGCAAACAAUCUAAGCCGAUCUAUUGCUCGAGGCACAAGUCAGCCUGACCACCUGCCAGCCAAAAAGCCCCCGAGCACUGGUGGAUGUAAUGGAGACCAUUAUAGCAAAGCUAGUAAGCGCCAUCUUGAAAGUCAGCGCAAAAGGGCGCAUUCUGCUUACGACUGGAUUGGUUCAGAGCCAGCCCGAGCUGCCAGCCCCUGGGGGAGUAAUGGUCAGAGUCUUAUCAGCGGCAGCAGCAUUCAGCACAAGGGUCAAUACUACUUUGUCACUGGAGUGUGUAAGCUGUCUGAGUCUGGUUUGAAGACACACUCUCUUUCUGUUUGUGGUUCUGAGGCUGGAAGUGAAGUCUCUACUGUGUUGGAGACGCACAAGCUAAGAGAAAGGUGCCACAGCACAAUGGACAAUUUGUUUAGACCUCUCCAAGAGACUUCUCGCUCUUCCAGUGGUACAAUUCCAGAUGAAAAUGAUGUUUUCACUUCUGUUACCCCAGGAAAAGAUAUGAUCUCUGAGAGUCGGGAGCAACUUAGACCGUCCUUUAAGCUGACGCAGUCCUCGCGAAGCUCCGAUGCCUUAGAAGAAAUCGACACAGUGCAGAAUCGAGAAAUUGGCCGGCACACUGCCAGCAACCCUAUAUUUUAUUGUGGUCCCGAAAGAAGCUGCUCACAAUCAGCCUCGCCAACAAUGGAGGAUACAUCACUGAUUAGCAAUGAACAGUCCAACCACCACAAGAGAGACGAUCAUGCAAAGAGAGGGAAAUGGCAGCCCUUAGGGGAUGUUGCAAGUGAGAGGAUAAACAAGGAAACAACCCCGCUUCUGUACCACCUCACUGGUGCCAACAGGGCAGCAUUACAGCCCAAGAAUGAGCCUAGUAUCAGUGUAAAAGGCAAGGAAACAGUCUUAAACAAAACAGGCCAAGGUGAUGUGCCAGUAAAUGACAGUGAGACACCUCCACAGGGCGACAUUAGCAAGAAUAAUAGAGAUGAUGAUAUUUCAGUUGCCUGUAACACCUUGGAUGACUCAUUUAAAAAGUACUACAAAGAGAAGCUGAAGGAUGCUCAAUCAAAAGUUCUGAGGGAGACGUCAUUUAAAAGGAGGGACCUGCAGCUGUCGUGGCCACACCGGAUCAGGGAAAAGCCAGAGCUGAGGCCUGGAGUGAUUCAUCGUUUCUCCUCAUCACAGGACUCAGAGACUUCUAGCGACACGCUCACUCCUUCUGUCACUUCAGAAGGGAUGGAGAAGGGGAGCAUAAAAGAAGAAGACAUCAGCGAUCACAUGGUGAUUGGCAAAAAGCAUGAAAAUGAAAGUGGGAGGCCAACAAAUGUUGCCCAGCCACAGGUGGCACGAAUUGGAAGCAGAAAGAGACUGACUCCUGAGCAGAAGAAGAUGUCUUACUCGGAGCCAGAGAAACUCAACCACCUCGGCGGUGGCCCAAACCACUCAGCCUGCCGCUCAUUUGGCAAUGAAAGUGACGACCUGUUUGUGAAUCAAAAUGAGGGAGAGGAGCAGGUGCCGCAAGAAGAGCAGGGAUUGGUUGAAGCACGGAGGAAGAUGUUUGAGACAAGAGGUCGAGCUCUUUCAACCUCGAGCGCCUCGAAGACAAACCUAAAACAUCUGCGACAUCAGGCUCUGGUGGAUUACAUGGAGCGUAAGACGGGCCAUAAAGCGGCCGAACCCCAGCAACCAACGUCUCAGAUACCACCUCCACCCAGACAGAGGCACUCUCUUGGGGAGAAACCAUUUGACUGGCCAGGUCCCAGGUCUCUAUCGGGGAAUUAUGAAGCUAAAAAUGCAAAGAAGAAGCUUAACAGACCCCACUCUGCAGGCCGAAUCCUCGAUUCCUCCACCAGCUCGAUCAGGUAUGCACAGUUCUUCUCAGCACAGUCCUGUUCAGGUCAAUAUGGUGGCCAGCAAAAGCAGUCCAGAUGGAGGGAGAGCCAAGGUCCUUCUCAGGGAAAGUCUGCAUCAGCGGAGAGUCUCUUGGACCAGCCAGAACCACCCAGUUUCCUUAGGAACCGUUCCACAUCCACACCGCACACACUUGAGGCAAAUGAAUAUGAGGAGGAUCUACUAUCAGCUAAUACUAUGGAGACCAGCAGUUCUGAGAAGAUUGCCAUUAAGGAAUCCUCGAGAAAGUCAGCUCCUGUGGACCAUCACCAGGUCCGUGUACCUUCACAGAGGGGAAAAUCCAUGGAAGAGCUUGGGGUAUCCCAGGUGACAAAGGUGUCAGCCCUGAGUAAAAGUUCUGAACAGCUGGAUCAUCUGUGGAGGUAUUCGAGUGAGACGGGACGACCAGACAGGGAGAAGAAGAGUGUUUCAAGCUUUUCUGAUGAAAGAGAAGCCCAGGGGCAGGAAAGAAGGAGGAAGAAACAAAGUGUUUCGGAGAAAACAGGAAAAGAGCCAGAGAUUGUUGGUCAGAAGCACACUCAGGGACAGUCACAAAACCAAACCCAGAGGAAAGCCCUGUUGAAGGAGAACUCAAAGGAGGAUGCUACAGUCAGAUCAAGGAACUCAAGUGGAUCAAUCUCCCCUAUCUCCUCCUCUUCCCCUUCUCAGGCCAAGGUUCAUCCUGCGAAUCCUGGAUCUCAUGGCCCUGUCACAGAUGAAUGCAGGUCCAGAAGACCGCCUAGUGAGACUUACUCAAACCCACCGUCCCCUGGAGGUGAAGAGAUCACUGAGAGGGAGAUUAAAUCCACUGCAUCCACCCCCACUCAGACAAAGCUUCCUUUUGAAAACAGGUCCAGCAGAGGCAGCACAUCUUCUGUGACUGAAUCAGAGAGGGAGCAGUCGGUGAAUGAACCAAGCAGUAAUGGCCAGCCACCUGAUUCAAACCAUGAGGUGUCUCUGAGCUGUGGUGUCACCACAGAUCCUUUCCUCUGGAUUCUGUCUCCAGAAGAAGAGGUCAAAGAGGAAGUCAAGACUACACCUCUGACUGACAGUGUUUUCGACUCCACCAGUGCAGUCCCUCUAAAGCAGAUGAGUGAAACCUCUGUGUCUCCCUGCACAUCGGUCUCCGACGAAGACAUCAGUCAUCAGGUGGAUGAGGAGAAAGAUCUGGUAAUGGAAGAUGAGAAUGUGGGAGAAAACCAGGAGAUGGAGGAAAGGGGAACACCAGAGGGAGAGACGGAGGGCCAGGAGACACCUGCUGAGAGACCUAAGUGGGAGGAGCUUGUAGAAGCAGUUGUCGGAGCCGACCAGACGUUAGCUAGAGUGCUCUACCCACUGACCAAUCGUAAGACAGCGCUCAUGCUGAUGGAGCAGCUGCUGUCGGAGGACACACUGCUCAUGGAGGAGCACUACAAGAAGAAACAAGAGCAGAAUGGAGCAGCAGAAAGUAGUGAAACAGUGGAAGGGUCUGAAUCCUCUCCCUGUCCCCCUGCUCCUGACAGUGAGAAAUCAGCAGACCUGCAAAGCAAAACUGACAUCACAGAGAAGAAGCGUUUGUUGGCUUCGUAUAUCGAGGACCGUCUGCGCUCUUAUGAAGAGACGCGUGGAGCCCUCCAGGUAGAAGUUCAGGAGAACACGGCUCGCGGGGAAGCACUACAGGUGCUGGUCCGUGAGCGCUGUCUCCCCGUGGAACUGGAGAGGUACAACCUGUUCAUAGGUGACCUGGAGCGGGUGGUCAGUCUGCUGCUGUGCCUGUCUGCUCGGCUGGCCAGGGUACAGAACGCCCUGAGCACCGUGGAUGAGAACACUGAUGCUGAGGAGAAGCAAUCUCUGGACAGUCGUCAUCGUCUGCUAUGCAAACAGAGGGAGGAUGCCAAAGAUCUGAAGGAUAACUUGGAUCGCAGAGAAAACCUCGUCUCCACCUUCCUGUCACGCCAGCUGUCUGCCGAACAGCUACAGGACUACCGGCGCUUCGUCCAGACCAAGGCGUCGCUGCUCAUCCGGCAAAAGGACCUGGAGGAGAAGCAGAGGCUGGGAGAGGAGCAGCUGGAGGCCCUUACCGGCAGCCUGGAUCUGUGAGGGGGAAGUUUUGGAUUUGCUUCGCUUACCUAAAAUGAGGAUGGCGUCUUCAAAAUGAGACCUGUAGAGACAUGUUGGCUUUGUAGAGGUCUCAGCAACCCUUUGCACUCUAUCAUGACUGUUUUGGUCAUUGAAAAGAGUUUAGCAGAGCUACAGCAAGACCCACGAUGCCCCUCUUCUAUCUAUUUGUUUAUAUAGGCAGUGCAUGAGGUGAGCCGUAAUGACUGAAGUUGCUUACCUUCCUGUCAUCUGCUGAGACUCAUAAAUGCUCACUGACUCCGCCCACCACUGUUUCCAGGCUUGUCCCACUACGGUACAUCUUUUACUUCGAACAGGAGUGAACUGUUUUUGUUUGGGGGGUUUUCUGUGUGCCUUGAUGAUAGCUGAAGCUGUGGAACAUUUUCCAUUAGAGCUGCUGUGGGGACACUUUUUAGCAAUGCAGAAACCCUCCCUUCACUUUUCAUUAGUGCUUCAGCCCUGUAUCUGCACCUGUGGAAACCUACUAUAAGCUUUAAGAUUGUAUUUGAGCAGCGGGAGGACGCCAGCUAAAGAAAACAGUCUGAAAGAGAGCGAUGUACUGUAUCAUAUCAGUAAAAAUGUACAAUAGAUGUAGAAGAUUUAAUCUUUUUUUAAUGUUCUUAUUUUUAAAUGUGUUUCAAAUGAAGGCACUAAAAACCAAAAAAAAAAUAGGUGAAUGGAAAAAAGCACUUUGUUAAAAAAAACAAACCUAAAUGCACAUUUCCUCAAAUCAGAUUCAAGAUAAUUUCAAGUGGAAGCCUUACUCCAUCCAUUUAAACAAUAUUUCUUCCUGUUUCAGGUUUGUUUUAAAUAGGAAUGUUGAAGUGAUCUUUUUUAAAAGGUACACGAUACACUGAUACACAUCAAUCAGCAUGAAAAAUUGUGUACAAAUUCUUUUCCAGUUAAUUUCAUUAAAGCCUUGAUGAUUUAUACUGGAAUAGGUCCUCAUACGGAGGUGCUAAGCCUCUUAAAAGCAGAUUACACAUAAGCAACAAUUAUAUCAGUGAGUACUUUGCUCCCCAAUGUCCUUUUGUCGCAUAGCCGAUUCUUGAUACUUGAAAUGCCUUUUGUUUUAAGUUUUUUAAUGAGAAAAAUUCGCAAUCUUCAAUUCAGGCGUCUUAGACUGGUUUCCUGUUCUCUACCUCCACAAAGUAGCCCCCUCUAGAAACACGUGAUGCUUGUUUCAUUUUCCGCACAUCCACUCACCUUUAACUGCACCACUGUUUCCCCAUUAAAAUCUGUCGUAUAAAAUAGUUUUAUACAUUUCUGUUCUCACAGAACCUUCAGUCCAACACUUUUGAGAGCUGUUUAAUGUUGCUGUUCGUCACUGUAUACGCCGUGUGUGUGCAUGCAAGCUUGUGUGUAUGUAUGUGUGUGUGUUGAACAGUAAGACAGAACUCCUUUUGGUAUUUGCUGUGUUAACUUUCAGCAAAACUCCUGUGAAGAUGAUCGAAAUGUCAUUGUCUCUCAGGAAUCUACACCUGCUAGCUAAAAUAUAUAUAUAUAUAUAUAUAUAUCCACACUCUAUUGCUUGGGGGUUAUGUAUGUUAUAUUUAUGUAAUAAUGACCAGAAAGAUGCAGUAGCAGUCUCAAAAAUUUAAAAAAGUAAAUAAAAAGUGAUUAACAAUAAAUCAGUUUUUCUUAGUAACUACGUGCCCUUUUACCUUGGAUAAAUAUUUCCAUGUUUUUGUGGUAAACAGUUUUUCCACCUUGGCCACCACCCCUGAAACAUUUCUCUGGUGAUUUAUGACUCUGACCACUUCAGUUUGCUAAACAAACGUAUGCUUGUUUUGGCCUUUGUGCUGACGCAAGGCUGGCGUGUUAGAGAGGCUGCAUGCCGUUCCGUUCAGCCUGCUGGAAUUCCUAAAGAAUCCGAAAGACCGGCAUUUUUGGAGAAACAGAAGACCCUUGGCUGCACGCGGAUAAAUGUUGGUUUUUGCUACUGUAUGUGUGCACGGUUUCCUGAGUCACUGCUUGUUUCUCUCUUUCAAUGACAGCUGUGUUUAGCUGAAGGAAAAGGCGGGUUUGAUCCAAAAACUGCAGAUUUGUGACACUGAUACGAGCAGAAUUUGUGUUAAAGCCAAGAGAAGCAAAGACAUUUCAGUGAGUCCCGACUGCCAGCAGCAGACAUUUGUAAACCCACCUCUUCUGGCAUGUCUCACACCUGUCUUCUGUCGAGAGUUGUUGUUUUGUGCCUGUUUGGAGUUCCAAAUUCCAUCAUGUUUGUAAUAUUGUGAAUAAAUUAAGCUCACACUCA